AUGGCGAAGAAAGGACUGAAAAGAAAACAGAAAUCGGAAGUGGUCAAAGAAGAAGAGCCCAAAGUAGUAUUACCUUUGGUCCGACGGUCGGACGAACCUGUUACUAAAAAGGUAAGUAAAAAAUAUAAUAAAUGGACAAUUAACAAUGUCGAUAACCACGGCCCUAGAAAUAUUUCGAAACUAUUAUUUUUGUAUGGAGACUUUGGAUGGUCGAAUAUGAUAGUAUCAAAAAUUUCGAUAAAUGUUUGAAAGACCAUCCUCUAGUCUUUCAAGUUCUGUAAAUAUGAUACACGAAUUUUUGUAUAAAAAAUACACGUUUAUUGUGUGAAGUAGAUAACAAAUAUUUUAUUCGAAGUAUUGCCCAUUGUUAGCAAUACAUUUUUCCCACCUGUCAGGUAAUUUGUAAAUGCCUCUCCAAAAAAACUGUUGCUCUUUUGAGAUGACCCAGUCAUCAAGCAAUUUUUGUACAUUUUCGUAAUAAGUGAAGCACUUCUCAACAAAUGCGUGCAAAGUGCAUAAAAAGAUUAUCCAUAGAAAUAUGCUUUGUGUACACAUUGUGUUACAAUACAAUUGUUUUGGAAAAUUAUUUAUUUGAUUCUUUUAGUUUUAAUUCCAUAAUUAAAAAUAUUUUUCAGGCAAAAUGGAUUAACAGGGAACGUGUUUUAGUAUUCGCUACUCGUGGAAUAAGUUUUCAGCAUCGUCAUCUAAUGAAAGAUGUAAUCAAAAUGUUGCCUCACUCAAAACCAGCCCAUAAGAUGGAGCGUAAAGAAAAUUUGUUUGUGGUGAACGAGGUAUGUUCCAUAAAUAAUUAAUUACAAUGUUCUCAGGUACAUAUUUUUUAAAUUUACUACUUUUAGAUUUGCAAAAUGUCUCAUUGUAAUAAGUGUAUUUUAUUCGAUGGCAGACUUCAAAGGGAUUUGUACAUGUGGUUUUCAAAUUGUCCCGACGGGCCUAGUAUUAAGUUCAAUGUAGAGAGUAGUAGGUAUUUUUUGUAAAAUGUUAAUCAAAUUAUUUUUCUAACCAAUGACGUUUUGUUAUUUUAGUAUACACAAGUGCUGAACUGAAAUUGACUGGCAAUUGCUUAAAAGGUUCAAGACCAAUAUUAUCAUUUGACAAUUCAUUUGAAGAGCAUCCUCAUUUUUCAUUGUUAAGAGAGAUGUUCACACAAAUAUUUGGUGUGCCCAAUCAUCACCCUAAGAGUCAGCCAUUUGUUGAUAAUGUUUUGAAUUUUUCUGUAUUGGAUAAUAGAAUUUGGUUUAGAAAUUAUCAAAUAUUGAACGAGGAUGGUGCAAUUGCUGAGAUUGGUAAAUUCAAUUUUCUUUUUAAAUUAGGUUUUUUUUAAUACUUACAAUAAACAACUUUACUUUUGAUCAUUAGGUCCAAGAUUUGUUCUACAACCAAUUCGUAUUUUUAAAGGAAGUUUUUGUGGUGAAACACUUUGGGAAAAUCCAUUUUAUGUUACACCAGCAAAGGUAUUAAAUCAUAAAUUGCUUUAAAAACCAAAUAUUAUUUCCCUCGUUAUUUUAUUAUUUAGUCAAGGCGUUUAUUGAAGAGCAAAAAAGAUGACAAAUAUGCAAAUAAUAAAAUUCAGCGUAAAGCAAAGAAGACUAAGGAAUUGCUUGCACCAUUCCGCGUCAAACCAGAAAAUGAAAUAUUUAGGGACGGUGAUAUAAAAGAUAAGGCUAAAAGAAUCCUGUUAUCCAAGAAAAAAUGA